AUGAAGAAGGCGAUCAGCGGAGGCCGCACGCUUCCGGAGAAUGUCAUCGCGUACGGCGUCCUCCCUCGGCUCCCGGCCAAAACCCUCAUCAGGUUGCAGUGCGUGUCGAAGCGCUGGCGCGCCUUGAUCUCCACCGACCCCCACUUCAUGCGCCUGCAGGACGCCCACGCCCGCUCCUCCCCCACCCUCCUCGUCUUCGGCGAAACGCCCUGCCCAGUCUUCCUCUCCCGCCGAGAAGAAAGGGACCAGCCCCGAUCCAUCGGCUUCCCGAGAAUCUUCAGGCAGCCCCUGUUCGGCAGCCGGCACGGCGACUGGCUCCCCCUCGCAGCCUGCGGCGGAAUCCUCUGCAUUGCUACAGCCUCGAGCAGCGGUAGGACAUCCGGGCUCUACUUGGGUAAUCCGGUGUGGAUGGACUGGCGGCCUCUCCCUGCGCCCCCAGGCUGGACCCCCCAGUCUGAUGCGACGAAGAUGCAGUUAGCCGUCCACGACACACCGGGCGGUACUCACUACAAGCUCGUCCUGCCGUUUUCAACGCAGAGCGGUAUCGCUGGCCGAGCAGAAGCUGCUUUCCUCGUCUUCUGCUCCACCAAGGGCUCGUGGGAAAUAUCUCAACAGAAAGUUUUGGUGAAGGUGCCGGGCUCUCGGCGCGAGAUAGUGGGAGUGGGAUUAAGAUGUAGUGUCUGUGUGGAGGGAGUAUUCUUUUGGCUUGCCGGACUUGAGGUGUUAUGGUUCGAUCCGAGAGAUGAGCGCGGCGGCGCCAUCCCUUUGCCUUUGCCAUUCACAGAUGAGGCCCAAUUGCCACAGAACAUCGGUGAAUGGGAAGGGAAUUGCCACAGAACAUCGGUGAAUGGGAAGGGAAGUUGA